AUGCCUUUGUGCGGUGGUAAGAAGGUGGUGCAGCGCAAACUCGUCCUGUUGGGCGACGGCGCCUGCGGAAAGACGAGUCUGCUGAACGUCUUCACUCGCGGCUUCUUCCCAACUGUCUACGAACCCACCGUCUUCGAGAACUAUGUCCACGACAUCUUCGUCGACAGUAUCCACAUGGAAUUAUCUUUAUGGGACACCGCUGGACAGGAGGAGUUUGACCGGUUGCGGUCUCUCUCCUACGAUGACACUCAGGCAAUCAUGUUGUGCUUUAGUGUGGACAACCGUGGCUCUCUCGAAAACGUGUCCACAAAAUGGAUCGCCGAAAUAAACGAACACUGUCCCGGGGUCAAGAUUGUCCUGUGCGCCCUCAAGUGCGACUUACGGGAGGAGCACGAAAAGGACGAUGACGAGGAGAAUGGCGCUCCCGCGAGACCCAUGAUCCAAUAUAACGAAGGAUUAGAAGUUGCGCGACGCAUCGGCGCGCUGCGAUAUCUCGAAUGCUCAGCGAUGCGAAACCGAGGCGUUAACGAAGCCUUUACAGAGGCCGCCCGAGUGGCGCUACAAGUCAAGCCGGCUCGAUCGAAAGACGACUCGAAAUGCACGGUGAUGUGA